AAAACCUCCGCGAAAUAUGAAUAGCACCGAAUCGCGUCGCAACUCGCAAUUCGCAUUCGUACGAUUCGCGGAACGCGGCCGGUAUAAAUGAGUUACAAUUCAAAGAUGGCUUCCACCUAGAAUGACACACGGUUUUCGGCAGCCGCGGAUACACUGUUCAGAGCCGACACCAGCAUUCCAAGAGAUUUGAACAACAUCUUCGAGAGCAAGAACGAAAAUGGAGUGUCUUAUAGGAAUUCAAUUCAAGGACUUUGUCCUCGUUGCGGCUGACAUGACCAACGCUACCUCGAUCAUGGUUAUGAAAAGCGAUGAGCACAAAAUUCAUCAGGUGUCUAAAAAGCUUGUCAUGGCAGUGUCUGGUGAAAGCGGAGAUGCAACACAGUUCUCAGAGUAUAUCAGUAAAAAUUUACAACUAUAUAAAAUGCGAAACGGAUACGAAUUAUCUCCCAAGGCAGCUGCCAACUUCACAAGAAGAAAUUUGGCAGACUACUUGCGUUCCAGAACACCUUACUUCGUCAACAUGCUGAUGGCUGGCUAUGAUGAUCACACUGGUCCAGAGUUGUACUUCAUUGAUUAUUUGGCAUCCUGUGUUAAGGUGCCUUAUGCUGCACACGGAUAUGGUGGUUUCUUCUCACUCACUAUUCUGGAUAGAUAUCACAGAGACAAUUUGACAGAAGAGGAAGGUUAUGCUUUACUCAAGAAGUGUGUUCGUGAAAUUCACAAAAGACUCAUCGUUAACCUUCCAAACUUCAAAGUUCAAAAAAUAUCCAAGGAUGGAAUUACAGACCUGCCACAUAUUACUGCUCAAAAUUUAGCAGUUGAAGAUGCUGCUGCAGCAUGAAUUCACAAAAUAAGUUACUUAUUUUAUAUAUAUAUAUAACCUUUCUUUAUUUUUUCUUCAUAGGAAUUAAAUGAUUUGAAAAAAAAACCUGAAUUUCUAAUUUGUUGCUAAAAGCAGCUACGUUUGUGCAUACACUGAUUUUUUAAUGAAAUGAAAGAAAAAAACAAACUGCAUUUUUUAUUUUUUUUUUACAAGUAUGUUUAUUGAAUUUCGUACAUUUAUGUGACAGCAAUUGUAGGUGUAAAAAUUCAUUCAUGUGUAAAAAAGUUUCAUACCUCAUCUCAUAUAUGUGGUCGAUGUUUGAUAUUUUUUUUUUUAAUGGAUCAUUUUUAACGUCAGUGUGAUUUUUUUCUUAGAAAUAAGCGACUUGAUAUUAUUAUGCUGUAUAAACUCUGCUUAUAAAAGAUAAACUUAAUUACAGGAAUCAAUAGAAGAUAACUUGUCAGUCUCUAGAAUGGUAAAAAAUCAGAAGACAAAAAAAGACUUGAAUCGCAUUUAGUAUAUUUUCUUGAUUGGCAUUUUGCUAUAUUUUCAGUUUCAUAAAGUCUUAUAAUUUUGCGGAAGAUAAAUUCAUAAAUAUUGUGCGCGAGAUUUUUCGCUCAAUAAUGGAAAAUAAUGACCUUUUUUCCACUACAAUCAAUCAGCCACAUACGUUUUCCAUUUUUGAUGCAAAAUGCAAUAGGUUUGACAGAGUGUUGAACUAGAAUGAACAAAACAAUUACUCUAAGAGAGUUUUUUAAAAACUUGAACACGUAUUGUCCAGAUCCAGACUAUUGAAAUGUUCAGAAAAAUCUAUCAGUUAUCCCUGUGUUAAAUUAUAGUACAAUACAAUCGUAAUAUAAAUUUAUACAUCAAUCGAUAAAAAGUAAA